AUGCCCGGAACCAUCUGGUCCUUCUCGCAAGCCCGGCGGCUGGGCCCGGGGCCGGAGACCACCCUGGUGCAGGGACCGGGGGUCUCCUGGGUCCACCCGGACGGGGUGGGCGUGCAGAUCGACACCAUCACCCCGGAGAUCCGGGCCCUCUACAACGUGCUGGCCAAGGUGAAGAGGGAGCGGGACGAGUACAAGCGCAGAUGGGAAGAGGAGUACACGGUGCGUGUCCAGCUUCAGGACCGGGUGACUGAGCUGCAGGAGGAAGCCCAGGAGGCUGAAGCCUGUCAAGAGGAGCUGGCCAUGAAGGUGGAGCAGCUCAAGGCAGAGCUUGUUGUCUUCAAGGGACUGAUGAGCAAUAACAUCACAGAGCUGGACACCAAGAUCCAGGAGAAGGCCAUGAAGGUGGACAUGGACAUCUGCCGGCGUAUCGACAUCACUGCCAAGCUGUGCGACGUGGCGCAGCAGCGGAACUGUGAGGACAUGAUCAAGAUGUUUCAGAAGCAACUGUCUCUGCACUUGUCUCCCGUUAAGGUCCCAGCCUCGGUGGGGCGGAAGCGGGAGCGCAAGCAGGUCAGCGAUGAAGACACCUCGCUGUCAGAGAGCGAUGCCUCCCGAAAACCUGAAGAGGAAGAGGAGGACGAGACCACGGCCAUGAGUAUCAAUGAGGAAAUGCAGAGGAUGCUGAACCAGCUGAGGGAAUAUGACUUUGAGGAUGACUGCGACAGCCUCACGUGGGAGGAGACAGAAGAAACACUGCUCCUCUGGGAGGAUUUCUCCGGAUACGCCAUUGCAGCCGCAGAGGUGCAGGGGGAGCAGGACGACAGCCUGGAGAAGGUGAUCAAAGACACGGAGUCACUGUUCAAGAGCCGUGAGAAGGAGUACCAGGAAACCAUCGACCAAAUAGAGCUGGAGCUGGCCACAGCCAAGAAUGACAUGAACCGGCACCUGCACGAGUACAUGGAAAUGUGCAGCAUGAAGCGAGGCUUGGACGUGCAGAUGGAGACUUGCCGGCGGCUCAUCACCCAGUCUGGGGACAGGAAGUCUCCUGCCUUCACCCCGGCCUCCAACAGCGAGUCGGCCCCGAAUGAGGAGAGCGAGGAGUCCGACCGUGACCCCCCCAGUGAUGCUUCCAUCAGAUAAUGAGGGGAGGCCCCGCUCCCUCGGACCCCCUUCCUGGCACGGGGGUGCUUGAGCCGCGCCUGGGAGAGACUGUCAGGGACAUGGAGCCGCUGGUAAACGUCUGUCGCCCGGGCUUGCUCCUGUUUUGGGGUGCUUGGCAGCUCCAGCACCCCCCCGCCACUGGAUAUCUUGCAAAUGGGAAUAGCUAGAUAGAGCUGAGGGCCCUUGCCCAGGCCGCUCAGCCUCCAGCCCCUUCUCUAUUCCCUUCCCCUGCUUUGGUUAAACCGCGGUUUGGGCAGGGAGGCUCCAAACCUGCCAUGACGGCGUUCUCCAGGACCUGUCCCCAGGGGCCCCCAGACCCACCUCCUCCAGCCUCCGUCCUGGUACACUUGACCUGCCCCUUGCCCUCCCUGCACCACAUGGAGCCAAACGAGAGCCGUACCUCCUUGCAAACUGGACCUGACACUGGUGCCAACUGGACCGAGCCCAGGGCUCUCUCUGUCCUUGCUGCUGGCUGGGCGCCUGGCUGGUCCCCACACUGCGCCGGGCACCCCGAGCCCCCCCGCCUCCUCCAGGGCAGGGGCCGAGUCCUGCUCACUGGGCAC